CUUCCAUGAACCAUGGAACUGCUUACAGAAGCUUAAAAUUUGUUACAGUUACAGUUUACUAUCAAGUGAGUAGAACAGUAGUCCUGAGUAGUAUUUGAGUAGUAGCCUUUCUAAAAAAAAAAAAGACUGAGACGAAUUACACUACACAGUUCUCCUUUUACUAUUAUUAUUAAAUUUGUAUUAUAAUUUAUUUAUAAUAAUUAUUUAAGUAAUAAUUUUUUGUUGAAGUAAAUUUGUAAGGCUAAGGCCUAGCCUAGAAAAACUAACCCCUCGCCUAGUAGCUCUUGAGUAUAAUAAGUCUUAGUUGAGGUAGUUUGUAGUGAAGACUGUUUUUAACUGUGUAGUGUAAGUUGUGCAUUAACUCAUUUCAUUAACUGUGUGUUCAAAGUUCAGUCCUUGAAAUUGCAUGAGUUGCAUCAUUUUCAUGUUUCCAUUAUCAUAUCAUAUGCUGUCUUAGUAGUCCCAAGGCCUACUAGUCUAGGUCUAUUUUAUUUAUUACACUCCUACCUAUGACUAUACUUUAUACUUAUACAGUAUACAAUUAUGAAUGUAUAAAUUAUAAGUGUGAUAUUAAUGUCAAUAGCUGCAAUAUUUUGAUCUUUUAAAUAUUAUCCUCAGUCCUCAGUAUGGAAGCUCUGCUAGAAUUAUCUCAAGCUAGAUUGCAUCCAUCUAAUGUGAAAGAACACAAACUGUUAGCAGAGAAAGCAGCACAGUUAAUUGAUGAUCAUGGCUGGAAUAUAUCAGAAAAGGUUUCCUUGCACAUGUCUUUUAGUUCAAAGAACCCAUUAUUCGAAGCAUGUCGUACUGGUAAAAUUGAAUUAGUCAAGGUAAGGGCUACGCUACAUAAAUUUAUAAAUUUUACUACAAGGGGAUAUAAUUUAAUCUAAUAUUUAAAUAUUCUAUACUGACUAUAACCACACUCACGCUUACAUCCAAUGGCACACUCACUCGAACACUUCUGUUAACACAGUUACUAUAAGACUAUAUGAAUACAGGUGUUUCAGCCCACAAGUAAUAAAUAUUUAAUUACAAGUAAAAUGAUGAUUUAUUAGAUAGAAUUAUAAAAAAAACUUAAAAUUAAUCAAGAUGAUGUUUAUAAAUACCAUUUGGCUAAGGUUGAGUUUUUCAAAGGGCUAAUGAUAAUGUGUUUACCUCAUUGCUGAAAAUUAUUUUCUGAUUGUGUGUUUUGAUUAAUAUUUCAGGUAUUUAUCGAUAGAGGAGUUAGCCUUAAUGUCAUAGAUCACGAAGGAAAUACGCCCCUUUUUGUUGCCCUUUCUUCCCAUUUAAACAGCAGAGAAAACAUUUUAAAGUUGAUAAGUUGGGGAGCUAAUGUUAACCUUCACAGACAUGGAAGAUACCCUCUGUUGUGUGCCUUUUAUGCCAUGGACAAUGAAGUGAGUAUGCUAGACUAAACUUAAACCAAAACUUUAAGAUUGAUGAACUUACAGCAGCCCUGGAAGUUAUUCUGUAUGGAAUUUUAUUACAAUGAAUUGCAAUUCUCAUUUUGUUCUGCAAUUCCAUGGUUACAGCAGGGGUCGGUUCAUGUGGGUCUCAAGAUUUUGAUUUAAACUAAAAGUUUUUAAAAAACUAUUAUUAAAAUAUUUUCUGGCAUUUCACCUUAAAAUAAUGAUAAUCUUAAUAUGAGUAAAAUAUUCCCAGUCAAGAUGUAAUAAGAAUGGACUGUUUGUAUGUUAAUGUUAAUAAUUCAGAUACCUGCCAACAAAUCUAAUUUCCUUUUUUUUUAAUAUUUGAAGUUAAAAGGUCUUUCGGGAAAUUAUCUCUUCAAUAUCAUCUCUUUGCCCAGGCCUUUGUUUUCUAUAUCUAUUUGUAAUUAAAAUAUAUAAUUAUUCUACAGCAUACUUUCUGAGAAAUUCAAGGUUCCUCAUUUUAUAUUAUUCCAGCCCCUUAAUUCUAAAUUCUCCUACACAUUACAGUUAAUUACAGACUAGCAAAGAUGCAUUAAUUUUUAUAAUUAUGACUUUCUAAAAUUGAUGGCUCACUUUCUACAGUUUACUAUUGUAUUUUAAAUAAAUUAAAGACCUCUGUUCUAAUACAUUUCAGACAACAAAACUUCUGAUCCGACAUGGAGCUGAUGUCAACAAUGUAAUCCUGACCUUGUUCUGUUUUGUGGAGUCUUUAUUUGCUUUCAACACUGGAAUGGUGAUGAUGGCAGCCGGAGUCAAGUUCCACAUGCACAAUUUUAAGGAGCUGCUGUCAUUGGGUUCAGAAAUUAUUUUAGCCGGUCUCCUGCCUAGGACAUUUUAUCUGUCUGGGAAAAGAUUUCUCUUAGAUGGCAUUACACCAGAGGAUAUGGCAGACCUCUGGAACUUUCAGUACCUCUGUUUAAUACUGGGAUUUAGAGUGGAAAGCUACUGCUUGCAAGAUGCAAUAGAUAUGCUGAUGAAAAGUUUGGGAACUGAAACAGACCAGUUGAAAUCGAAGUUAAUCAGAGAAAGACUUGAAAAACUUGGCUGGACCAGGGAAUUUUUAUCUCAGCCUCUGCCACUGACUUAUCAAGUUCGAAUAGCUGUUCGGCGGCAUUUGGUGGCACCAGAAGUUAGCAGAGGACAACAUAUCAAUAAAAACAUUGAUAAACUGCCUGUACCAACCUUGGCCAGAGAUUUCCUGUCUCUAAAAUUAUGU